AAUUGACUUAUAAAUCCAUCUGGCCCUGGAGUUUUUUUCUUAGGGCGUUCAUUAAUAGCUUAUUUCUUUUUUCUAAAAUGGGACUAUUUAAGCAAUUUAUUUCCUCAGCUAUUAAUCUGGACAAUCUAUAUUUUUGUAAGCAUUCAUCCAUUGCACUUAGAUUAUAAGAUUUGUUAGCAUACAAUUGGACAAAAUAGUUCCUAAUUUUUGCUUUAACUUCCUUUUUUGUAAACUUUUCUUAGCAAAGGCUCUUCAGUUGCCCCCACCUCCCAAAGAGAAGCCUAAAGCCCAUUUCCAGUGGAAAAGCUUUAUAUAUAAUAUUUUAUAUUAAAAAAAAACAAGGAAGCUGUAUUUUCUGCUUGAAUGUGUAAUUUGUUGGUUAUAUCAAUCACCCCAAUUUACAGAAAAGGAAAUGGAAGCCCAGAGAAAUAACGUCUCUUAUCCAGAGUCACACACAAGUACUGCAUGGCAAGGGCAAGGACAUGAAUCCAUGUCCUCCCAUUCCAAAAACAGCCUCCAUUCUGCUGUACCACAUGCAGGUCCUCUUCUAUCCUGAAACUCUGGGAAACUUCCCAAGACUUCACAGCUCGUCCUUUUGAAGGAAAGGAGAGAUUGGAACAAGAUAUUCCAAAAGGCAAAAGAUUGAGGUUUCCAAGCUGCGUGACUGCUGAAGUCUGCUCAAGAGAGCUGAGCCCUGAGAUUUAAGGUGCCAUGUGAGUGAAUGCUUGUAUACUUAAAUGUAUACAUAUGUGUAUGUAUAAAAUUAUACAUUAUUAAUCCGAAAUUAAACACGCAAAAGGGCAUCUCGUGAUCCUCUGCCUAAUCACUACUGAAUGACUUUACUUGACACAAGAGGGAUAAAAGGCUCCAUUCCCCAGACCUUGCUGUUGUGAAGCAUGGGAUCACUUGCUCUGUGUUUGUCGGCCCUUCCUCCACAACUUCUUCCUCUUCUCUCCUGGGCUUUCAAAUGCAGCAGCCCGUGUAGAGAUGGGUCCGCGGUGCUGCCCUCCACUCCAUCCAGGUCUCUGGAAUCAUCGCUUUCUUACUGCUACUGGGACCAUCCGCUUCCUUGCCCACAGGCCCAUGGCCGUGUUCUCCGCCAUUCCCCGGGGGACAGCCAUCUCCUGAGACCCUGGUGCCUUUGACUCAUCCCUGCAGCCCGAUGAAGGAGAACGUCUCCUUCCACAUUCAUCACUGGGCGGGAGCAGGGCAUGAACUUGGAGAAGGCCACUCUGACCACAUCCUGUGGCAGGGAAGCUCCGCUAAGAGCCCAGCACUGGUCCUCGGGCACAAUGGCCCCCGCGCUCGCUGCCCUGCUCGGCUUCGGGCUGUGUCUGUGCUGGGAGACCUGGGCACAACAGGGUGCAUUGCCCAGACCCUCCCUCAGGGCUGAGCCGGGCUCGGUGGUCCCCCAAGGGCAGCCCGUGCACCUCUGGUGUAAAGGGCCCCCUGGGGCUGGGGUGUACUGCCUAUGGAAGAAAGAAAUCAAUAGUAUUGUGGAGGAUUUUCCAAUUGGGCGGGAAGCCCUGUUCAUCAUCCCUAACAUGGCAGCAAGCUCUGCUGGGAGCUACCAGUGUCUCUACCAAAGCCAGUCAGGGUGGUCAGAGCCCAGUGAGCCCCUGGAGCUGACAGUGACAGGGCUUUUCCUGCCACCCUCCCUCUCGGCCUGGCCCAGCUCCACAGUGGCCGAAGGACAGGCCGUGACCCUCCAGUGCCAUUCCCAGCUGUCCCAUGACCGGUCUGUCCUGUACAAGGACGGAGCACAGGUCACCCAGGCCCCGGCCCAGACCCAUGAGGGCUCUCAGGCCAAUUUCUCCAUCCCUGCCGUGACUUCUGCCCACGGAGGGACGUACCGAUGCUACAGCUUUCAGAGUCGCUCCCCCCAUCAGUGGUCAGCCCCCAGUGACCCCCUGGAGCUCAGGGUCACAGGUCCUGCAGCCCAGGAUUACACGGUGGGCAACGUCAUCCGCCUCAGUCUGGCCGGGCUGGUGCUCGUCCUCCUGGGGGUCCUGCUGGCUGAAGCCUGGAAUAGCUCCAGGGGACGCCCAGGGGGAGCUCCCGCAUCUUCUGACAGAAGGGAAGGCGGGGCUGGGGGAAGGAGAACGUCUCCUUCCACAUUCAUCACUGGGCGGGAGCAGGGCAUGACCUUGGAGAAGGCCACUCUGACCACAUCCUGUGGCAGGGAAGCUCCGCUAAGAGCCCAGCACUGGUCCUCGGGCACAAUGGCCCCCACGCUCGCUGCCCUGCUCGGCUUCGGGCUUUGUCUGUGCUGGGAGACCUGGGCACAACAGGGUGCGUUGCCCAGACCCUCCCUCAGGGCUGAGCCGGGCUCGGUGGUCCCCCAAGGGCAGCCCGUGCACCUCUGGUGUAAAGGGCCCCCUGGGGCUGGGGUGUACCACCUGUGGAAGAAAGAAAUCAAUAGUUUUGUGGAGAAUUUUCCAACUGGACGGGAAGCCCUGUUCAUCAUCUAUAACAUGGCAGCAAGCUCUGCUGGGAGCUACCAGUGUCUCUACCAAAGCCAGUCAGGGUGGUCAGAGCCCAGUGAGCCCCUGGAGCUGACAGUGACAGGGCUUUUCCUGCCACCCUCCCUCUCGGCCUGGCCCAGCUCCCCAGUGGCCGAAGGACAGGCCGUGACCCUCCAGUGCCAUUCGCAGCUGUCCCAUGACCGGUCUGUCCUGUACAAGGACGGAGCACAGGUCACCCAGGCCCCGGCCCAGCUCCUUGCUCAGGGCUCUCAGGCCAAUUUCUCCAUCCUUGCUGAGAACUCCACCCACGGAGGGACGUACCGAUGCUACAGCUUUCACAGUCACUCCCCCCAUGAGUGGUCAGCCCCCAGUGACCCCCUGGAGCUCAGGGUCACAGCUUCAGCCCCAGCUUCCUCGGGUCUCACGGCAAACAUCCUGCUGGGCGCCUCUGCGCUGCUCAUCCUGCUCUUCCUCCUCUUCCUCUUCCUCCUCUGCUACCGCUGUCAUCGCGCCAGAAUCAGCAGUGGGAGCAGCGGGGCAGAGGGCAAGAAGACCCCCAAGAGCUCAGACCCAGCUGCAACCCCCAUGGAGGAGACGCUGUACGAUGCUGUGGAGGAUGGCGGGCAGACAGAGGCGGCGCGGGAGGACACAGCCGCUCCCCCCGGGGAAGACCCUCAGCAAGUGACGUACGCCCGGCUGAAGCUCAAGGCCGGGGCUCAGGACCUUCCCCGCUCGGGCCCAGGGGCUUCCUGCCUGUACGCCGCCCUGCCCCGAGCCGAGCCCGGGAACCAGGAGGGAGCAGCCUGGGGCGUGCCCAGUGCGGCCCAGCGGCCCGGCAUCUAACCGGCCUCCAAGGGCCGCCGGCAAGCCCCGGUCCCCGCUUUCCUUUGUACCCCAGCGCUUAACCAGGGGCUGGGCAGUCAGAGGGAUGUAAGGGGGAAGCCCCUUCGCGCCCAGCACUGCACAGAUGGGAAGGCCCCCGGGGUCUCCCGGAGGAAAUGAUCCCAGACCGACUCGGAGCCGGAACCCCGCCGCCCCCCCGGGACUGGAGCGGGAGGAGGCCUCGGAGGCCAGCUGGCGGGACGCUGGACAAGCGCAGCCCAGGGUGAGGGGGGCGCGCUGAGGGGCACCGCAUGAAUAAACGCGCCUCAGCUCCA